AAAUCAGUUAGGUGUGUGCCAAAUCCUUGUACGCCGAAGAUAUUUGGCGCAGCACCCCAAUUUCCCACCAUGGAGCCUGUCAGAUCCCCUUCCUAACAACUAUAUACAAUUAUUUUAGUCUUACCGUAAAAUUUUUAUUUUUGUCAGGUAUUCAAAAGACUGUUAGUACACGCCAGAAGCUUGAUGCACAACUUAAUGAAAAUAAAGUUGUUUUAGAGGUAAUUAUUAUUUGUCAUCUAGUAUAGUCAACUCACUUGUAAUGACAGUGAACAAGCUUUCAUUGGUAGUGAUGCAACUGCCUGAAAAAAUAUAAGGAGAAUUUCAAAAAUGACAGUCGCUUUCACACUUUUAUACAUAUGUGACCUGAACAAGGAUUAUGCAUCCAACUCACAGAUGUUCUCUCGUGCGCUUCGCCGAGAGUAACGGCUGUACACAGGCUAUUUGAAAAGGGAGUUUUGCCAUUUGAAAAGGGAGUUUUGCCAUUUGAAAAGGGAGUUUUGCCAUUUGAAAAGGGAGUUUUGCCAUUUGAAAAGGAAGUUUUGCUAUUUGAAAAGGGAGUUUUUCUAUUUGAAAAGGGAGUUUUGCCAUUUGAAAAGGAAGUUUUGCCAUUUGAAAAGGGAGUUUUACUAUUUGAAAAGGGAGUUUUACUAUUUGAAAAGGGAGUUUUGCCAUUUGAAAAGGGAGUUUUGCCAUUUGAAAAGGGAGUUUUGCCAUUUGAAAAGGGAGUUUUGCCAUUUGAAAAGGGAGUUUUGCAUUUGAAAAGGGAGUUUUGCUAUUUGAGAAGGGAGUUUUGCCAUUUGAAAGGGGAGUUUUGCCAUUUGAAAAGGGAGUUUUGCCAUUUGAAAAGGGAGUUUUGCUAUUUGAAAAGGGUGUUUUGCCAUUUGAAAAGGGUGUUUUGCCAUUUGAAAAGGGAGUUUUGCCAUUUGAAAAGGGAGUUUUGCUAUUUGAAAUGAAGUUUUGCUAUUUGAAAAGGGAGUUUUUCUAUUUGAAAAGGAAGUUUUGCCAUUUGAAAAGGGAGUUUUGCCAUUUGAAAAAGGAGUUUUGCCAUUUGAAAAGGGAGUUUUGCAUUUGAAAAGGGAGUUUUGCUAUUUGAGAAGGGAUUUUGCCAUUUGAAAAGGGAGUUUUGCCAUUUGAAAAGGGAGUUUUGCCAUUUGAAAAGGGAGUUUUGCUAUUUGAAAAGGGAGUUUUGGCAUUUGAAAAGGGAGUUUUGCAUUUGAAAAGGGAGUUUUGCUAUUUGAAAAGAGAAGAGUUUUGCUAUUUGAAAAGGGAGUUUUGCCAUUUGAAAAGGGAGUUUUGCCAUUUGAAAGGGAGUUUUGCCAUUUGAAAAGGGAGUUUUGCUAUUUGAAAAGGGAUUUUUGCCAUUUGAAAAGGGAGUUUUGCAUUUGAAAAGGGAGUUUUGCAUUUGAAAAGGGAGUUUUGCUAUUUGAAAAGAGAGUUUUGCUAUUUGAAAAGGGAGUUUUGCCAUUUGAAAAGGGAGUUUUGCCAUUUGAAAAGGGAGUUUUGCCAUUUGAAAAGGGAGUUUUGCUAUUUGAAAAGGGUGUUUUGCCAUUUGAAAAGGGUGUUUUGCCAUUUGAAAAGGGAGUUUUGCCAUUUGAAAAGGGAGUUUUGCUAUUUGAAAUGAAGUUUUGCUAUUUGAAAAGGGAGUUUUUCUAUUUGAAAAGGGAGUUUUGCCAUUUGAAAAGGGAGUUUUGCCAUUUGAAAAGGGAGUUUUGCCAUUUGAAAAGGGAGUUUUGCAUUUGAAAAGGGAGUUUUGCUAUUUGAGAAGGGAGUUUUGCCAUUUGAAAAGGGAGUUUUGCCAUUUGAAAAGGGAGUUUUGCCAUUCGGCAGGGUAGUCGAAAUAAUGUUCCGAAAAUAUGUCAAAUUUUGUAGGCUGUUUUUCGUAGGUGAAAAUUUUUGCCGGCUAUUUUCCAAGCGAAGUUUAGGUAUGUUCUGGAGUGGGCAUAGGCCAAAUAAUAGUGAUAUAAACCAACACAACAUUUGUAUAUAAGAAUGCAGCAAUACAUUUUAUUUGGUGUAGGAACAAACAUUAACAAGUUCUGUGUAUAUGUACGGUGUUAUUGUAAGCGAGUGAUCGAUGAAUAAAUAUAGUGCAAGCUGUUUUAUGUGAAGGAAUACUGAGAAGCUAUACUGGGAAGAUAGUCAGUCACAUUUUUAGGGGUAUACUUUACAAGGCUUUGCUUUUUUAGCUGAAUAAUUUGACCGGCCAGAAAUUCCGGUACGUCGGAGCUAAAAUUGAGUUGCUGUUAUUUCGUUCCCCGUACUUUACUCUGUCUAAUGCCAGACAAUCUUUAUUUUAUGCAGGGAUGGAUUUACUGGGGGGUUCAGGGGUGUGUGCACCCCCCUAGCCCUGGCCAAAGGGGGUGCAUGGGGGUGCUAUUUUUCAUGAUAAAAAUUAUUAGAGACAAAAUGAGAUACAGUAAUUUGAGUAAUAACAUAAUGUGAACAACAAUUACAAUUCAAAUACAGUAGUCAAGCAAGACUUUGCAGUAGUGAAGCAAGUUGAUGGGCGGGCAGCACACAUGACCGAUACAACUCGGCACCAAGAGCUAGCAGAGCAUCCCCCCUAGCAGAUAUUGCAGGAUCCAUCCCUGAUUUUAUGAGGGUAUCGGAGAAAUAGGUCAGAAUGUUAAUUUUUUGGUUUUGUUAGGAAUUAAAUCAUAUUGAUGAUGGUUCAAUUUACAAGUUAAUUGGCCCUGUGUUAGUGAAGCAAGACCCCACAGAGGCAAAGGACACUGUGACCAAAAGAAUUGAGUAUAUAACUAAAGAAAUGUGAGUAUAUGAUUUAUAGAAUUACUCAACAUAAUUUAAGGAGAUAGUGUGACAUGGUAGGAUACAUCCCUUGUAAAAUAAAUACCUCUUCUAGCAGCAAGGAUCUAAAUCCUGGGGUGACAAGAGAGCAGACCUGGAAAUAAUGGUGGAUCCUGGGAACAACUUUUCUAGAAAAUUUUUUGAUUGCUAGAAAGGAUUUUCAAUUUUCUUUGGUUAGAAAGUUUUGAAAUUUCUUUAAAAACAAUUAUCCAUAAAAAUCAACAACAAAAAGGUUAAAAUUAUUAAUUGAAUAGAUUUGUGAAGCACAGUUAAUGCCUAACAGCUGUAAGAGUCAAAAUUUAAGUGCUGUUAAACCAACUAAAUUUUAUGACAGUGUUUUCAAUGAAAAUACCCCCUGGCCUAAAUUUGAUAACAGUGUUUUCGAAGAAAAUAUCCCCCACGGCCCCACGCCUACGAUCCAAGAAAAGCUAGAAUUAUUUUCAGGUCUACAGGAGAGUGCUCCGCCUACUUACCUAUAGUAAAUUACCUCUGUUGGCCAACUCCGACCUAGGACUGUUCGGUAUACCGAUAUACCGAAAAUAUCGGUAUUAAAUCAAUAUCGGUAUAUCGAUACCGGAUAUUCAACCAUACCGAUAUACCGAAAUUUCGGAAAUACCGGAAUUUUUCGGUAUACCGUGUUAAAUUUACCAACUAUAUGGCGAAACCAUAACCUUUAUUUUACUACUGAAUGGCAAUUCAGAGAACUUUCUGCUGCAAUGAUUUAGAAUUUCCACUUCAAGUGAGAUUUUACACUGAGUACGUGCAUGUCGUUCGAAACAGCUUCGAAAUUAUCGUUUUCCCUUUUAGAAUUAAUACUCAAAAUUUCCUUCAAACUUCCAUUAAAGAAUUUUCCUUAUAAUUAUCAAAGGAAAACCGUUAUACCGAUAAUAUCGGUAUAAUUUUUUCGGUAUACCGAUACCGGAAAUUUCUCAUACCGAACAUUCCUACUGCGUCCUCCUACUUUUUUGACAUUGUUUUGAAAAUUCCACUGUUUUUCAUCCCAUCCAGUCGUGAUCCAGUGAUUGGAAUGUUCUAUUGUAUUUUUCCACCGUUUGUCAAAAUUCCACAGUUCUCCAUGCCAUCCAGUUCCUCGUUGUUUUGACAUAUUUACGAGAUUAUGCAAAAGGCCCACGUAUUAUUUUCUAGAGAACGGCAUGACAAAGCAAUCCAAGACCUAGAGAAUAAGUUCCAGAAACAUAAACAAACACUAGGAAGUCUUCAACAACAGUUCCAGCGACUUUCCAUGCAAUCCAAGACUGCUUCUAACUAGGUAAGAGAGAUAUUAAUAAUAUAAUUAUCAUGAUGGUAUUAUGGUUGGUGGAAGUGUUACUGUAAAUCUAAUUGGAGAGAAAAAAGGUCGGAGAAUGUCCAUUAUAAAGAUUAACAAAAUUGUGAACUAUGCUACAAAAACUGAGAAAUCGAAGAGUUUGAGAUGGCAUGUAUUCCUCUGAGAGUUGCAUGCAUGGGACAAUGGACCAUUCCCCAAUUAACCAAAAUUUUGAUCUCAACAAAUCUAGACAAAAUUCCAUCAUAGCAUGAAAGAGCAUCACAAAAUUAGUAAUAUUCCAAAGUUUCGUUGCGAAAUGUUGUAAAAUGCGGAUAAUAUAGCCUUGCGAAAUUUGCAAUUUUCAGUCAUUUUAGAUUACAAAUGGGAAAUGGUGUUACCACUUUUCCAAAAUUUUGAUCUUAACUAGCCUAAACAAAAAUUUCAUCACAGCUUGAAAGAGCAUCACAAAAUUAGUAAUAUUCCAAAGUUUCGUUGCAAAAUGUUGUAAAAUGCGGAUUAUAUAGCCUUGCGAAGUUUGUAAUUUUCAGUCAUUUUGUAUUACGCACAGAAGUGGUAACCAUUUCCCGUUUGUAAUCUAAAAUGACUGAAAAUUGCAAACUUCGCAAGGCUAUAUUAUCCGCAUUUUACAACAUUUCGCAACGAAACUUUGGAAUAUUACUAAUUUUGUGAUGAUCUUUCAAGCUGUGAUGAAAUUUUUGUCCAGACUUGUUGAGUUCAAAAUUUUGGUUAAUUGGGGAAUGGUCCAUUGACUGACAAUAUAUAAGAACAUCACUAUUGUUCAACAAACAUUAAAAGUUUAAAAUGUAAUUUGCCAAUUGCAUUGUAUGUGUGAUGUAUUAUAUCAGACACUCCAGAAGGGAAGAUAUUCUGACUAUAAUGUUAUGAAUGUGUGAAAUUUCUUAUUCAACUAUAAAAAUUAUCACUGAAUAUAGGAAAUGAAUUUCAUUUCCUAUUUUGUGUAAAUUGUACAGAAAGUUGAACACGUGGAGAAUCACGUGACCAAAAGGGUUCACAAAUUUCCUUAAAGUUUUCGAUAAAAAUUUAAAGGAAAUUCAAAUUUGAAAUGUUGAAGCAGAAACACUGCUUGUACCAACAAAAUGGCGGAAUUGAAUUUUAUUUGUUUUUUUUACUUUGUUUCGUCAAAAUCUAAUUUGCAUAUAUCGCGCGUGAGCGCGUCCGCGGUGUGGAUGGUCGCUCUUCUGUCUUACAUUAGCAGCACAUUAUUAUCAGCACUUAAGUAGUUUUACAAGCAUGGUAUUAGUAAGAAUAUAAUUUGGCAGUUUAUAGUUAUAUAAUUUAUAAAGUAGUUUAUUUUGAUUAAUAGUAAUGUGGAAAGAGUCGGUGAAUACUCUACAAAAGGCCGUGGGUUUCCCCCAGGCACUCCAGUUUUCUCCCACAGGGAAUGAUGACAGGGUGGUCUGGCACGGUUCGUAGUGGUCUUUGAAAUCCUUGAAAGUCUUUAAAUUUGAAUUCAAGUUAUUAAGGUCUUUGAAAAGUCUUUGAAUUGUGUGACAAGGCGAAGAAAGUCUUUAAAAGUCUUUGAAUUCUUUAGCGAGUAUUUGAUUAUACGAUUUUCUAGCUAAUAAAAUAGAUUGAUUGAAGCAAGAUUUUAGCAAAUAUCGACGAAAAGGUGCAUUUUAGGAUGUGAUUUGACGGGACUAAUUACCGAGUAAAAAUAGUGCUUACACUCGCAAUUUUUCGACAGCUGAUUGCUCUGAAAGGUCUUUGAAAAGUCUUGGAGACUACGAACUCUGGCUGGGGCCCCAACUGACUCUUCCACCAUAGCUGUGCUUCAUGAUCAAGAUAUGAGUCAUAAGGUGGCUGCCAGAUACGCCCUUAAAGAAAGUCUUCGACUGGAUCAGGUUGAGCUGCGUUCUUCGUAAUUCAGCUUAGCUCUCAUCUGCAUAGGUGCAUAAAGUUUAUAUUGGAUUUGCUUACCUUAAUUGAAAAAAAAUCAACAUUUUGUGUAGAUGGGACAGGAUUAGGUGAUAUGAUAUGAUGUGAUAUGAUGAUAUGAUAUGAUAUGUAGGUAAUAUAAGUAAGCGUAAUACUUGAUGUAAUCGGUCACGGAAAAGUCCCGAUGGGGAGUGAGCUGUAUGAUAUAUGAUAUGAUAUAUGAUAUAUGAUAUGAUAUGAUAUGAUAUGAUAUGAUAUAUGAUAUGAUAUAUGAUAUGAUAUAUGAUAUGGUAUCCAGGUGAUCUCGUGUUCGUAUUUUAGCCAAUCAGCGCUCAGAAAGGGUUGUCCGAAUAGAAAUCCAUUUUGAUGUAUUCAGUCAAUUAUAUCUUUCGUUAUUCUUUAUGAAACUAGUUGAAAUUUUGUAAUUAUGUUUGGUUAUGAGAACUAUAGCUCUGACAAAAAUAUGGAAUUGAAAUAAAGUAUAUUACAGGAGAUAUUCAGUUGUUUUAAUCAUAAAAUGGAUUUCUAUUUGACAACUAGUGUCAGGACUUUUCCGCGUAUCAAGAUCAUCUGGAUACGAUAUGAUAUAUGAUAUGAUAUAUGAUAUGAUAUGUAGGUAAUAUAAGUAAGCGUAAUACUUGAUGUAAUCGGUCACUGAAAAGCCCCGUUGGGGAGUGAGCUGUAUGAUAUAUGAUAUAUGAUAUGAUAUAUGAUAUGAUAUAUGAUAUGAUAUAUGAUAUGAUAUAUAUGAUAUGAUAUGAUAUAUGAUAUGAUAUAUUAUAUGAUAUAUAUGAUAUGAUAUAUAUGAUAUAUAUAUGAUAUAUUUAUUUAUUUAUUUAUUUAAUUUACCCAAAAACAGGAAGGGCGCACCCACAGAGCCGAAGUUCCAAUAACGGGUCCCGCGUAAGUUGCAAAAUACAUAAAAAUAUUGUAUACAAAAAGUUAAACACUAAAUAGUGCAUCACAACAAAAAAAAAAAAAGAAAAAAGUCAUCACAUAAUAUAAAGAAAGGGCACUAGCAGCACAAAGUGUCACUGAGUGAAUCCAAAGGACGGGCUUUGUGACAUUUGACACAAACAGUCUUCAUAUAUGAUAUAUGAUAUAUGAUAUAUGAUAAGUAGGACGUUAUGAGUUAAAUUGCUAGUUGACUUUCGUGUUCAAACAAAUCCCAUGUGAAAAAGUUUUUCCACCAAGGUGAAGCCAAGGUGCGAAUGGACAUCUACAACAUUGCCACUAUCGACCGCGUUCCGCAUUAUUAUUGCUAUUGAGUAUUGUUCGUUUUGUGACUUUUGUCCAAGUCGUUCUCAACGGAAAGCUUUGAUUCUCAUAAGUGUGUUAUUAAAUACGGAAAUUUAGUUUCUGAACUUUCUGUGAAAUUAGUCUUGCUCUAAGAAUUCUCUAUUGUUACUAUACUGUAAAUGUGCGUGUGAAACUAGCAACAAAUACCCGCGUGAAAUUCUCAUCCACAAUCAGUGCGGAUGCAUCGGAUCUCUUCAUCAAGGAAACAUCAGUUUCCUUUUUCAACUUGUUCAUAAGCAAUUUAUUUGUACAUAUGUCACUUAUUGCUUCCGCUAAUGUGCGAAGCGCACGCAAACCUAUCACGCAAUCAUAAUAUAUAUCAAUAUUGAACUGUAUUUAAUGCAGUGGCGAAGCCAGCGCCAGCCUGACAAUUUGGUUAUGCUGUGCAAAUAUUUCCGUGUUCAUAGAAUGUAAAAACAAUCAAUUUCUAAAGAAAUGAAUAACGAUAAUGAUUUAAAAUUUGCAUAGCAUGACCAAAUUGUCUGGCUGGUUUCGCUACUGAUUUAAUGUAAUUUCAUUAGUAAAAGUAUAUGGAAAGAUCAAUCACGUAAAUUAAGAUAAUAUAUAGCACACAAUGGUAUUAUGAAAGAUAGAUAUAUUUUACUUGGAACCCGGCGUGUUUCCAUGAUUGUUCCGCAGUCUUAAUAGUUAAUGUGUACAAAUUUGAUAUUAAUUAUAUAGUCUUACAGUGUUUUGAAUAAAAUGUGGUUCUAAAUGUAUAUUUGACUUCCAUCUGGCCGUAAUUCCGAGCACCCGACACAUUUUGUUGAAACACAGCAAGCUAUAUUUACAACAAUUGUGUAUUUUUGAGAAAUUUCAUUUUGUAUAACUAUAGGUAUAUUGCAUGAGAAAUUAUAAUAAUGAUUAAUGUAAAUCAAAAUAAUACUAAUACGAUCUCAUAAACGAUUUAUAUUUAUUCCAUUCAACUGUUUCAACGGAAACGGUGUGAAGUGCACGUAUAUCUUGAAUUAUAAUUAUACAUGAAUGUAUUUAUAAUGAAAGUUUUUCAUAUUUAUUGUAACUAGCUAUAUUCCUUAACCUCAAGAGUCAAGUUAAAAAAUUUAAUUAAUCUAAAAUGAAAUUAAAGUUUUUGCGGUACAAAUGCCCAAAGCAACGUCUGUAUAUCGGAACAACCCAGCGUACUAAGACAGCACACAGAUGCGUUUCACAUUCAUUUCUCGUUUUUUAAGUAGACCCGCAAUAGACCCGACAAACUAUCAAGAGAUCGUUAAAUUUCAAUCUAAUUUCCCUCCUCUAUUUAUAGACACCGCUAACAUCUCACAAACAGCGCUAUUUGUGCUAAAUACGGCAAUUUAUAGCGCUACAUCGGCGUGUUUUGGACGUGCGCUAUUCAUUUUUAAUUUGUUUUUAAUUUGCCGCCGUGAUUUAUGCUAAUUUCCUCAGGUCGUUUUGAAUGUAUUUUUCACGUUAAGCGAGAACUGACUAUAAUGACCUCAUUUCAAGGAAGACGCUUUAGCACAAUAGUUAAUGGCUUAGCACAUUGUUACAAAUCUCUCUAUGAGGGAUUGUCUGCAUGCACCGACUGCACGCCACGGUGUAUAAAAUAACGAUCUGUUUGGUCUCUGUUCUUGCCAGCCUGCAGAUAAUUUUAUUUUAAUUUCUAAGGCCAUAGAAGGGGGAAGUGCAAUGGAUUAUAUAGAGAGUUGUAUCGUAGUUUAAUAUCAGAAAAAUUUUAAUAUAUUAUAUAUGUGUUGACCUGCCAACAAUAUUUUGAUUUUGCGCCGUUCUCUAGAAUAAAGAAACAAACUUUACUGGUAUUCAUUGUAUUUAAACUGUUGAAUUAUUUUAGUUUUUCUGCAAUUCUACUAAAGUAACUAUACUUAUUAAAACAGAAUGGUUUAAAAACGCUAUCCGUUUACUGAUUAAAAUUUCUGAUACUGACCGUAUCAAAUAUAUGCUAACUUUACAUAAAAUAGAACUUCAGCAUAGAACUGUACAUAUAUAUGUACUAGUUAAAACAUGAGCAGCUGAUCUUUAUCAAAUCUACAUAAAAAAACGACCCAUCUUAUGAGUUCAUUGACAUUGGUGAAGUAAUUCCAAAAAUAAACAUUGUCUAAGCCGAGAAAAUCAAAGCUAAAGUUUAUGUAAAUCAGGACAAAUCUUUAUCCGAUUCACAAACAUUGAUUAAACGUUCAUUUCUUUUGAAUUUUCUUCAUGAAUUAUUAAUGAUAUUUUAAGUACACUUACAUGUAGAUGUACUAAAUUUUGUUUAUAAAACAGAGCGGCAAAUUAAGGUUUCAAUAUAAAUUCUUAUAUAACAAUAACAUGACAUGGAUAAAUACCAACUUCCCACAGUAUAUACAGAUACAAAUAUAAACAACCACUGCAUGACAAAAAGCUAAACUCCAUAAUUUUUGUCAAAAAUUGAUCUGUUUUAAAUUUUAUAUAUUGACUUUCUGCGGGAAUCACCCAGUCGCACUCCUUGUAUCAACACACUGUAAUUUGCGCGGCUUUGAAUAAUUUUGGCAGUUUAUGCUAAUUUAGAAAGUCCCAUUUUUGGGCAUGAAAUCGGUCUCAGAAUUUUCCUCGUCUCGGCACGUUUACCACCGCACAGUGCGGCGAUGUCUUUUGAAUAAAACGCGUAAAAGCGCGCUAAAUGUUAAUUUGCCUGUCAUGGUCGCGCGCAUUAGAUCGGCCUCCUUUCACUGUAUUCCUUAUCGCGAAAUGAUUACACCAUUAAUUAAUUAACAUAACUCUAUUCCUUAUCGAUUUAAAAAGCUAUUAAGUUAACGAGGUCUAUACUUUUGCGGUGGGCAGGCCGUCAAACGAAGUUGGCCAGAAGACAACAAACACGCGACAAUACCGACACUACUGACCAUUUUAGCCCGUACAUCAAUCUUUCAAUUUCUCCGUUUUGAACAAUUGACCACUUGCGGGGUUUGGGAUUGCACUGAAAAUUGCGUGGACAAUUAUGGCCACCAAAAAGGCGGUGUUUUCGACCUUCACUGUGGACUCGUUGCUGUCAACGGAUGAAAGUGUUGGGGGAAAACAUAGUUUACGAGAGGAAAACGAAGAAGAGCCCAAGUCGACCAAAAAGGAAUUUGAUAUGACACAGAAUUUUUGUGCAGGUAUAUUGCAGCUUUUUUCAUUUGUACUUUUGUUCUUAUAAAUGUACAAUGAUAUAUUGAUAUAUUAUUCAUAAAGUAUACAUCCAUAAAUGUACCUAUAUUUCCAUAAUAUUAUCUUGUAACUAUAUACCCUUAUAGGCGUGGUUAGUGUAUGAGCCAUAGACACAUUUGGCUUUAUUUACAUCGUUAGCUACCAAUUCACAACCUUAUAGAUAACUCACAUGCUUAGUUACUAUUGUUCCAGUUUACAGAAGCAUAAAAUAGCUUAAUAGGACAAAGGUAACUAAGCAUUAGAAUUAUGUAUAAGAGUUAUUCACUGGUGAAGAUGAUUCUAAAGCUUAUAGUUGUCUUUCUUCUAUUCUAUGUUUCAGUAUACUGGAACAAUAGUUAUCUAGGCAUGUGAUAUAGUACAAAACAUAAUCCAAAGAUUAGCAUCUUGAAACCCAAAAUAUGAGUCAAAUCUAGUUCUAUUAACCGUGGUCAAACAAGAAAGUGAGUAAUAUUUCUAUUUUAUUACCUGACAAAAUCAUCAUCAGACUAGAUGUGAUUUUGUAAUAAAAUCGAAAUAUUACUCACUUUCGUGUUUGACUCAUAUUUUGGGUUUCAAGUUGCUAAUCUUCGGAUUAUGUUUUGUACAUAUUUUUUGAAAUUGUCGGCUGGUAUUGGUUUUUAGGCAUGUGAGUGACCUAAAGUUGCCAAAUUUAUCUAUAUACAGUUUUCGGAUGAUAAUUCCCCUUCAAUGAUGCACGAGUAGGCCAAACACCACACUCCACAUGCAUGUUUUCCUGUAUCUCUCUGUAAUAACACUAGAACACUAGGUCAAUUAAAGUGUUCUUGCUGAGCCUCUAUAGGGUUGUAAAAUGAAACUAGGUUAAGACCUACAGAACGUAGAAAGCCGUGGGGCGACGCUACCUCCACAGUUUAAAGACUGGUUUUACAUUAUCGAGGUUUCUGUGAUCACAGUAGGAGUUUUGCAUAGGUGAAUACUAAGUUUUGAAGGAUUUAUAACGGAAAUAUUUGAGGGAACUGGCUCAGUGUUUUAAUACUGUGUCAGUUCCCUUAGAAUUUCUUCCAAAUCCUUCAAGACUUAUGCAAAAUUCCUACUGUGAUCACUUUUCCUUCGAUAGUGUAAACUAUCAAAAUGUAUUCAAAAUGUGUGCUUCAGACUUUUAGUUGAAGGCCAACUCAAAAAUCAUUUGGAGGCAGUGGGGCUAACGAUUCAAAGCUGGAGCUAACUGCUGGCCAAAAGCUCUAAAAAUUACGAGCUACCUUUACAAAAGUAAAAUACAGGCAUGCGUAUAGGUUGUGUUACAAGUACUUAAUUUACCUUUUAUUACUUGUCUUACCCCAUAUGCCUUCAUUUCCCCCAUUUAAAUAGAAAUCUCAUUUAUUUUCCUUUUCAAACGUUUUGAAAAAGACAAAGACCCUACUAGAAACUUGUAAAUUUUUCUUCCCUGUGUUGGCAAAAAUAUUCAUUGGAAACGGAAUACAUAGUUAUAAACUUUAUACAUAUACCAGUGAAUGAUCUUUUUCAAUUCUGUAAAGUUGGGGAAACUAUUAGAUUGUCAUCCACCGAUCCAAAUCUCUUACCGUUUAUGGUUUGCGCUUAAAAUUCAAUUGCUAUUUCUUAUCGCACAAAGCAGCAAAGAAUUUAAGCUGGCGAGACCACUUCGGCCCAUGGAGAAGCUCGCUGCGGGAGUAGGCUAAAUCGCUCACCGACAAAUCAAUAGGAUAAUUGGAUUAAGAAAUAAUCUUUAUAAACAAUCUUCAUAAAAAGUUUUAUAAACAAUUUUUGUCUAAGUUUAGUUUAUCUUAGGAAACAGGCGAAAGACUUGUUUACACUUAACUACUAUUUAUACUGGAUAUAGUUUUAUGAUUUCUUCACUGAUCUACCUUAGAGGUCCAAUUAGGUUCAUUCCGUAUUGAUCCAGUGUUACUACAGAAGGAAACCUCGACUAAAUUUUACGAACUUCGUUUAUUGCUCUAUCAGUUCUCUGUAGAGGUCCAGCAACGGCUAUACCUUAAUUGGUACCACAGGAGGAAACCAUUCCAUUCAAACCAAUUCAUCUCUGUCAGUUCUAAUCUAUUCUCCCCAGAGGUCCAGUCAGGACACUAACCAGUUUUGGCAAAUAUCAUUGGCAUAUAUAGCUCAGUGGUUCGGAAAAAUGCAUACAAUAGGGGCAUGAUAUGCCCCUCCCAUUUCCCUGCAUCGUAGACCCGUGGUUAUUGUCAUCAAUCAUUAAUGAAUUGUUAAUCUCUACUAAAUACAGGAUGGCAAGAUCUGAACCUCAAAGACUAUAUUUCAGAAGAUGGCUCGCUGAAGUUUAACCAAUCCUCUCAUUCAAAAUGGCGUCGAAACCGAACCAUCUUCAAUUCAGCCCAACUAAAAACUCUAGAAGACACAUUUCGCCGUCAAAAAUACCUCAGUGUAGGGGUCCGUGGGGAACUUGCAAGAUCUUUAGGGUUAACAGAGGAUCAAGUUAAAACUUGGUUCCAGAAUCGAAGAACAAAAUUUAAGAAAAAUGUCUGUGUACUUCCAAGAUCCAUCAUUAUCCCUAAUGUUCAAGAGGGACUACCACAAAAGUGUCCUCUCUAUACAUAUUACAGGACAGUUGAUGUCCCUCCAUAUCCAAGAUUACCCAAUGAUGUUCACGGACGUACCAAAAGAUCACAUACUAUCCACAGUUACCCAAUGCAGAGACCAGUGCAGCCAGCUGUAUCAUCAAGUAGUUUUUGCCUGUGACUGAAUAUGGAACCCAUCUCUUUUUGUUCCAAAAUUUUGCCCCUAGGCUAAGAAACGUUUCCUUACGAAACCACUUAAUCUCGACUUUGUAAAAAGCUUAGAAUUGAACUUGUUAUUUGACAACCCGUCCACAUUAGGGUUUUAUAUGAUACAAUUUCCAGUGGGUUCAAAUGAUUGUAACAACUCCAAAUAAAUAGAAAACCACCGUAGCUCCGAAUAUGAACAUUUUAUUCAUAUAUACUAAAAUAGAUAAUAAAAUAACGCAUACAAAAUAUAUAACUAAAAUAACGACGCCAUACAAAACUAUACUAUAGGUAGUUAUUAAUGUCUAUUACAUAGCAUUGUCAUGCAAGACAAGAUGUUUAAAAUCUUUCCGUUUAAAAAAAUAAUGUUAUCAAUUCUCGGAAGGGGUGAAAAUAAUUCAGUCUAGCCAUUUAUGACAUCUCGUUCUCCUAAAUUGACGAAGAUGUUUUAAGUCGUACGGCUUGAUUCAUUAAAGACUGCAUGCAUCAAAUUUUUUAUUUAAUCAUCUCUUUAUCCACGUUUUAUCCAGUCUAAGCUGCUCAAAACCUCAUCCAAAGGACCUGGAUAAAAAAAUGUUUGCUGUCUGUUGUGUCCCAGGAGGUGAUAAUAGCAUAGUCUGUCAAGAUAUGAUGGUCUGGAAGCCCGGUAAACUUCAAAGCUACAAAAUAGAAGAGCUUUGUUUGAUGUUGAACUGUACCUUACCAUGUACAAAUCCUUUGUCUCAACCUCAUUAAAUAUUAUUCAUCGUGGUUGCACGUUUCAUCUCAGCUAUCCCUAUUGGACGGUUAGGCCUGGUUUACACUAUCAAAGUUUCUGUGAUCACAGUAGGAAUUUUGCAUGGGUAAAUUCUAAGUUUUGAAGGAUCAGUUUCCUCAAACACUAUUUCUUACAAAUCCUUCAAACUUACUUGUGCAAAAUUCCUACAGGAUCAUACUGAAGCUUUAAUAGUACAAAUAUACAAUGAGCACCGUCACUGUGCACAAAUUAACAUAUACUCCGACACUAAAAACAUAACACAAAUUGUAUGUUUUUGUCGGAGUAUAUGUUAAUUUGUGCGUGGUGACGGUGAUUGAGCUCACCGAAAAUAACCCCUGGUUCUGUUCCUGACCAAAAUAGUGUUAUUGACUGAAGUUUCUUUACGAAGUACUAACGAGUAACGAUUACGGAGAUUUAUAUAAAACUUUUUUUGUAAUAUUCUUCUGGCUGUAUGCGUCAUUGAUUUAUUUGACUGUAAUGAUCAUCCUACCUUAAUCUUUUAAUGGAAUGGAGAUUUUCCGGAUUUUGCGUUUAUUGUCACCGGAUUUCGGUGGUUUUACUGAAAUCUUUUGCUUCUAUUAUUGGAUUUUUACAUUUUACAAGAUUUUGUUUUUGAAAUAACUGGAUUGUACGACUCUCGUCUCUGGUAUUUUGCGGCACAUUUCUAACGAAAGGCAUUUCAAACAUUCAAGGAAAUGGAACAAUUUACUUGAAAGCUCUAAGUCCCUAAACGAUUUGAAGACUUUUAAACGCAAAUCGUGCCAAUGUUUAAUGAGCAAUUAAGUUCCUGAUUUUUUUGCUCUCAUUGCAUGCCUAUUCUAUAUUUUGUUUUUGCAAUAUAUGUGUGCAAAGUUAAGCUAACUUUUAUAGCCUAAAAGUUGUCUUAAUAGAAACUUAAGUUAAGGAUUGACGUUACAAAUUUAAUAAACCGUUAACCGCAAAAGGGCAAACUCGGUAAAAUCGCAUUCGAAGGUAAGUAAGUUUUCGACAGCCAAGUAGCUAAACUCGCGUGCUUUAAUUUUAAUGUACAAAUUGUCCUUACUUCGAACGACUAUAACUGUUGACCUCUAAAUACGAUUUCAUGUUUGCCGUUCUAAUGUAAAAAGUCCGUGCCUUCGAAUGUUUAUACCUAUUCAAGAUCUAACAAAUACGGGGGGGGGGGCUUAAAUUGUCUAGUUUAAAUGAGAUGUCCACGAUGUAGUUUUUCCAAUAAAAACAUUAAUGUCCGGGACAUUCCCAACAUUCUCGUGAUAUAGUUUCGUUUUAUAAUAUAUACUCGCGAUUCAUGUCAUAACUUAAAUCAAAUGAUUGGCCGUCGUGCAACAUAUUUAAUCUUUUCAUUAGCAUUAAUACUUAUUAAUAAAGUCAGGAAAAUAUUUCGUAUAGGCUGGCGCAUUAUAGACACACACUUAUGGAAUGCCUGUGACAUAUGUCAAAACUAACACGAAAGCAACAAAAAUAUACUCAACCUGAAUGACACUUUGACUCGAAAUAUCAUCAGGACAAUUAAUUACAUUAAAUACCAAUAAUAUAAACAAUUUAAUACCCUGACAUAACAUAUGGAAAGUCGGUGUAGCCGUGUAGAUGUAGCUCUGUGUCAAUGUUAUUUAAAAUUCCCGUAGAAAGUGUCCGUGCGCACUAAGUGACUUCCAUCAACAGAUGCGCUUGAAGCAAUAUUUCAUGGCGGAAAUACGAUUCAUCCAUUUACCGGAUUACUAAACACUUUGAAACUUGAGUGCUGUUUAAACCUAAUACUCAUAAACGAUUGGUAGCCAUUAAUAGACUCAUUCGUAUACAUUGAUUGUUGAAGAAAUAUAUUUGUAACGUAAACAAGGUGGCCGACUUUGAUUCUCACAGCUUUGCACAGUUUCCAAUGCCGUUUGCAAGACGGUCGUUCUUCCUGUCCAUGGCGUUUCAAUCUUAACUGGAUUUAUUAUUGUCCAUUGCGCACAGCUGUUUCCCAUCGCUGAGGAAUUUAGCCUAGUUUAAGAGUGGUAAUAGUUUGAUUGUAGAGACAACGAAAAUCUGUCAGAUUGUUGAUGGGUCAGUUAGCGUUUCGAUACAAGGAAUUUAAUUGCGCUUAGUUGACGCACGCCUUGCCUUGGCGCAAGAACUGUAUCGAAAGAAAAGAAGCUUAUGUGCGCUGUUGCCGUAAUUGCGUGAAUCUAUGAGUAGGUGUGCAAAGCGCGAAUUAAUUAAUAGAAUUUUUGCACAAACAUGUAACAUUACCACAAAAGCCGCACAUUUCCUUCUUAGAAUAUUUUGCGCAAAAAUAUCGUAUAUUUAACAUAUAUUGCGCUACCAUUAAAAUCAACAUUUUGCGCAUUUCUAACACAUUUUUUUGCGCAAAUUGCCAGCAAAUUAACCUAUAUCGCGCAUUUUUUGAAACAGAAUAUUUUGCGCAAAAAUGUUUUAAAUUAACCUAUAUAUCACGCAUUUUCUAAAACAGAAUAAUAUGCGUAGAAAUAUACUUAAUUAACAUAAAUUCCGCGUUUCCUUAGCGAAUUCAUACAUUUCAUUAUUACAAUUAUAGUGAUUUCCUCCACACUUCAGCAAAACGUAUUCAAAAAACCUUGGUUUCCUAAUUUCCCCGCAGGAACUAACGCUAAUAGGUUUUCACAUUACAAAUGAACUGAGCUGAUGAAAACUUAGCAACCCUUCAGUUUUAUUACGAAAAUUUAAUUAUGGUAAUCGAUGAUUCCUGAUGGUUGACAUAUUCUGCUUUAGACAUUCUUGAGCUUCGUUAGACACUUGUAUAUUUUAAAUUAGGAAAACACUGUGACGUGUUUUGGUAUUUUGCGCUGUUUUAUUCAUUAUGUGUGUUGUUAGGGAUAGUGUUUGAGAGAUCUUGAACCGCAGUAACAGACGGCGCGGUGUUAGAUACGGAUUGUUUAUUGAUAACCCUCGCAACCAAUUUCCCCUUCAAACACGUCUCGAUGAUGCGCGCAGUUGAUAUCCAAUGCAUUGAAAGUGUUUAACAUCAUAAAUGAUUCAUUGUAAAUAGCUAGUACUCAAUUCCAGCGCCGUUUUAGAAAAGUCUAAGAAGGUAUUGUUUAUUAAUAAGUGUCGCAGCCAAAUUGAACCAAUUUCCCCCUUCAGACACUUCUGAAUGACCCUAUGCUUGCGGUGGAAAUUCUUUCCUUUCACAGUGUUUAGGGCACAAAUGAUCUAUUAUAAAUGGCCAUAGUACUCGCACGUGGGGGCAGUUACCUUAUUUAACUGCAGGUAAUAAAUGAAACGAACGAUUUCUUGUUAUGAAAACAAUUUAACACUUAAGAAACAAUUAAACCACUUCGUCACGCCUGAUUCAUGUCGCCACAGGAGGGCCAUUUCAAAGGUUUCGCCGACAGGUUGGUCAAUUUUCGAGUGCCUGUGGUAAUGUGGUAUUAGUAGCUUGCUUCGCCUGGACAGAGCACCGCGAGCAGAGGCGCUUCAGCAUCGGCGGACAAAGACACUCUAGAAAGAUGAGCUCGUUCAGUAUAAACGCGAUAUUGGGAACACGCACUUACGAAGACAGUCGGGCAUUUGAUACUCAGAAUCUGAAAAGUGAGAGCUAUCCAAUACAAACGACCAAGGCAAGAAAACUCACGGACACAGAUGAUGAUGAAGGUGUGUGAUUCUCAAUUUGUUUUAAUCAAUCACCAAUUACUAGCAGUGUUCUACUAUUGAAAGGCUACGUUUUCUCAAGCGAGAUAUUAACCUGUUUAUUCAGCUAUUUCAGCAAAUCGCAAUGAUGUUUCCAUACAAAUACAAACACAAACGAUGCGUUCAUACAAACUGUCGAGCACACAUUCAAAUUUAUAUUUGAACAUGUAUUUUAAAGCCCGUAGCAUUACUCACUGGGAACCUUUGUUAUAAUCGUAUUUACGAUACAUGCGCGCAUAUUUACUAUACAUUAUAGAAACAUAAUUAGUCAUUAAUAAAGAAAAACAAGAGCAAAUAGAUUACUCAAAUACCUGUAUGGACAAACGUUUUUGUCAUACAAAUACAAGCAUAUACGGUCAUACGUGUUCAUUUGCAAAGCAAGACAAUGGACUGCAUUUAAAAUUAAGCUCAACGGAUGUCCUAACACAUAAUAUAUUAUACCUAUGGCGGGCUGUGGUUUAGACGAGAUGUAUGUUCUGAAAUGUAUCAAGCUAUAUUUGAUGUUGAAAAUGUUAUUUAUAAGUCGUGGUUUUCAACUAAUUUUCAUGCAGCGACGACCCGUUUCUGAGAUGUUUUGUCAGUUUUAUCAAAACUGUUGUUUAAUACAUUUUAACUCACAGGAUUACAAAACAUGGCCAGUCUGGAAUAUUUUCCAUUAUUUGUACUUAGAUAUGCGUGUGCUUGAAGUAUCACUACUUCAAAUUCCUGUUCACUGUAGACGGAUCUUGACACGUUUACAAAACUUGUAAAGGCGUGUCCUCUUAAACUGCGUCUUUAGAAAAUUUUUAAGCGAAUCUUGUAGCCUUGAGUAGAUUGCCUGAACUGUAAAAUUGUCCUGGGGGUAUGUGUCGUUUUCGAUUAAAGAAUUACCAAGUUUAAGAUGUUAUAUAUAGACUCCGUAAAUACCUAGCGAAAUGUUAAUGUUUUUCGAUUGCUAUCUGAAUGUAAAGUUGUGACUUGGUUCGAUUAUCUUUUAUAAUCAUGAUACUGUCAAUGUAGUCGAAACCACAAGCUGCUGUAGUUUGUGUUUGAAUUACCUAAGACAUUAAAAACACUUCGGCAUUCCUAGCGAAAGGUUUGUAGUCUAUUAACCUCUUGGCCAGAGGGCUUCGCUCGAAAUGACGGAGUGAUUAAUCUUUUUCAGGUAGUUCAGACACAAACCGGUGCAGCUUAUUGUAGAAUACUGCACUAGCCCCCUAUGUUUGUAAUCUCAAAACCAAUUCAUGAGCUACGGAGUGACCCGUAGUCUAUACCGUACAGAUUAAUCCAGUCGUGAGCUUAAAGAGAACAUUACAGCGCUGUAAUAGCGCAAUCAUGAUGACAUUAUUUUUAGAACAAAUUAGCAUAUAUCACGCAUGAUGUUUAUGCAUGGGAUAAGUUUACAUUUAUCAAGAUUUCAUAUCAACAUGUCUCUACGAAACAUCGUAGAGGAAUGUUGAGGCUCUUGGUUCCAUUUCAUAGGCUCUGUUUCCUAGUAACGAUAUUUUCUCAGAAUGUAUGAACUACGCUAGCUAAAGUGUAAUUUUUUGGGGUUUAUUAUAGUGGUGCUUCCAAAUUUGUAACAGAUAAAUAUAAAUAAUAUAACUCAGGAAAUGUAACAUAGACAAAUUUGGGGAUAAACAAUCAAAAGAAUAAUAUACCAUACAGCUUGUCCAGUUGCACACUAUACUGCCAUGAUGUGCUGGUAUGUAUUUGGGCUUUUACUCUGUGACUGUGAAUUGUUUGACCUUGCCAAACCAAAAUUUGUCGGACACAGUAGGAUUUCAAUAAGUCAGUUACUCUAUGGUAUGUAGUCUACAUGCAUGGUGAGAAAUUACAACAAUGGAAGAUAGUAUAUUACAUUAUUACUCAACAACUGAAGCCUUGUUUGAAACGCCGUUUUCUAUUAAUACCUCUGCUCGAGUUAAUCUACAUUAGGCUUGGCCCAUAUACCUAGCUAUAUACCUCCCUCAAAGCCAUCUUUCGGUGUUAGCCCCACUAUAAUGCAAAUGAGCUAAAACAAUGAGUUUUAUAAUUUACAUUAGCUUAGCGCGACGUUUGAGCUUGACCUAGAAUUGCUCGAUCAGCUAAUUGGAUAUUAAAACUCGCAUGCCUAUUUACAUUGUUCCAGUGUAAAAACGUAUCGAAUAGAACAAAGCCAAAGGUAACUUAGUAUGAAGGUGGCUAUAAAGCGGAAUGAUUUACAUGAUGCGUGUGUGACUCAUUUCCAUAAUACUAACACGGUUUAGUCUAAGCUGGAGCAUUAGUAACUAGGCAUGUGAAAUUGUAAAUUGGGUAUAACAACUAAGUGUUAGCUAAUUCAGUAUUUGACAAAACUCUAGUGAAUAACAUAGAACUAUCGUCCAUACUUUUUGUUCUAAUUCUUUCUAAUUUUGAGAGAAAUUUCCAAAUUUUUAACUGUUAUUUGUUACAUUUCACAGACGAAGAAUAUGGCUGCGAUUUAGAAGAGGCCCGUUCCCCUUGUUCGCCAGACUUAGAUCGAAGCUCGGUGAACAUACACAAGAUGCGACGCCGGAGAACGGCAUUCACAAGCUCACAGCUUAAAUCCUUGGAAGAAAAAUUCGACGAUAAAAAAUACCUGACAAUUUCGGAGCGCAACAAACUCGCCAAAUCUCUAAACCUCAGCGAUACUCAAGUGAAAACGUGGUUCCAAAACCGACGCACAAAAUGGAAAAAACAAAACAUUUCGACGCAAAAUAUGACGGCGCAAAAUUUUGGCCUCAUGGAACAGGGAUUUCCUGGAGAAUAUGGAACAUUCGUGCGUAUACCCCGCGAUCCAUGUUAUCCCUACCGUACGGAGUGUGUUUUACCCCCGUUCAGUUCCCUGACGGGUAGCUACGGACUCUUUAGACCAACCUCAAAUUUGCAAGUGACUUACUCCAAUAUGCCUCUCUAUCCUUAUAAUCCGACAAGACUUUAUUACUGAGGAAAUGUGUUAGCGAUAAAGUGAAAGUGAAAAUGCAUUUGCGCACAUGCUAAAUGCUGAGUACUCCUUCUAACACUGACCACCAGAAUAAAAUGGCUACAAGUCAGGCUUUCCUUAGCCACAAUGUGAUAUCAUACGAAUAUUCUGUUGCGGCCGUACAAUCUAAUGUAGAAUAAUAAUGUAGUAAUGUUGACCCUAUCUGAACAGCAAGCGAAAACACUUAACUCGUAAUAUUAAAGGUCAUCACUCGUACCAUGUGUUUCAUCUCGUAACAUGCAUUUUGAAAAUUUGGAAUCCUGGUAUCCUAAGGAACACUUGUGUUAGCGUGUUUUUUGGAGACCAUGAGGAAAUUGGGUUCAGGGUAUAAGGCUUAGUUGUAUGUCAUCUCUAACUGUAUGAAAGGCGGACAAAGUCAUUACAUGCAGAGCUCUAUCAAGCUCUUGCUGUUUUCUAGAGAAUUCUUCUCACAGACAUCCCUCAGAGAAUUUUAUUGAUUUCCAACUGUUAUUUACAUGACCAAUCAAUGCACGUUUGUCUUACUGUUCUAACUUGAAGAAUCUUUAAACAAGCCGAACAGUGUAAGAUUUUCGUGCGGGCGUUUUGCGUACUUUUGCGCUGGGGCCACUAAUUUGCAUAAAUUACAUCUGUGCAAUAUUUGCAUAAAAUGCGUCAUUGGGCAUUAAUGAUGAAUAUAAACAAGUCAUACUUGAAGAAUGCGUAAACAAGCUGAAAACUGAAUACAUUUGGAGUCGUUUUGCGCUAGGGAGGAAAUUCUAUCUAAUUUACAUAAAUUGCGCCAAUUCGCAAUCAUGACGACAUACAUGCACGUAAAAUGCGUCUAUUCGCUGUAAGGAUGACUAUUAAAAAGUAGAAACAUUUCACACUAAAACGUUUGAGUAGCAGUUGAUACCUAGAUGUAUUAUACAUAUUUUUGCUCAAGGUCAUUUGCAUAGAUUGCGCUAUUGCGAUUGACAGUACGUGCAUGUCCCGGCUUGCAUCAGAUUAAGUUAAUGGAUGUGCAAUAAAGGGCACUUAUUUUUCAGAAUUUUUGCUUCGUUUGCGUGCAAUGACAUGUGUCGCAUCCUAAGCCUCGGGGCAAGAAAACUUUGGAAAAUUUUAGUCACGAAAAUAAUUUCCAUAAGUCUACACCAUUAAGAAUUUAUCAUGGGGACACAAUAUGAUUUCACUCACACUGCAAAGAAUUUUGACUCAAAAUUUUGAGUAAAAUAAUCUACCCACAGUAACUGAAAAUGUUGAGUAAAAUCACUCAAAUUGUUUGAGCAAAUUUAAUCAUUUUAAAAUAAAUGUUUAAUCACAACAUUUGAGUAGCUAAAUUUGCUAAAAAAGAUUGAGUGAAGUUCUUAUAAAUUCGAGUAAUUUACUCACUGUGGCUGUAUUAUUUUAUUCAAAUUUUUGAGUCCAAAUACUGAGCUAUUGUUUGUGAUAUCUUCAAUGAUUUCAGAGUCGUUUAUCCUGUAAAAUAAUGUAACAUAGAGACAAUUCAUCAAUCAAGUAUGUUUAUAUUGAACUUCAGUUAAACUUUAGUUAUUUAAAUGUUUGUAUUAUAUUGUAUAUUACUUUAAGAAAAGAUGCAGUAAAAUUAUACAAAUAUUGUAUUGUGAGUUGAUAUACUGAAUUCUAUUUAUUCUCAGUGUUGUUAAUCUUUCUAUCAAUUGGGCAUUUACGGUCGGCUUUCAGUAAGCGUUAUGGCGUAGCUGAUGGUCGUUAAAUGUUGACACUUCUAGUACAGUAGCAGCAAGCAAAUGAAAUUAUAUGGACUAUUUUAUUUAUUUUUAUUUAUUUAUUUAUUGAGCUUCACCAAAUACAAACGUAUCAUCAUAACAACUCACAAACAGCAAAACAUGUACAUCAAUAUUACUUCUGUAAUAUUGGGGACGAUGUGUGUAGCAGUUGGGGGACACCACAACAGACACCACUGUGGCUAACGUGGACUGUUUAAAGCAACAACUUGAGGAAGACUUGUAUUUGAUUGCAAACAGUUGUUCCGAAAAUGAAUUGCUUAUUAACCCGGGAAAGACCAAAUACCUGCUGAUUGGCACACGGCAAAACCUACAACAACUUCCCGUAGAUAUGACCAUAAACUUCCUCAACGAGACUAUUACCCCCGUCUCCUUUGCCAAAGAUCUAGGAAUGACAAUCGACUCUUAUUUGACAUAUGACCAGCAUAUCACCAACCUGGUUUCUUCAUGUAUGAAUUCCUUGUGCCAAAUAAACCGAGUCAAAAAAUGUUUCGAUAAAGAAGCUUUAACUCUCAUCGUCUCGGCACUUGUAAUGAACAAAAUGUUCUAUUGUUCAACGGUUUGGUCAAACACUUCGUCUACCAACAUUAAGAAACUACAGUUGGUACAAAAUUUUGCAUACAGGAUAAUAACAAAUAUUGGAAAGUUCGACCAUAUUUCGCCGGGCUUACGCGAACUUAACUGGCUCCCAGUAAAGGAACAAUUACUACUAAGAGAGGCUAUUAUGAUGUACAAAUGUGUCAAUGAACUUGCUCCACAUUAGUUGAGCGAUUUAUUCACAAAACGUUCUGACAUUCAUCAACGAGAUACACGUAGCCAUGACUCACUGCAAAUACCAUUGUACAAAACUUCUGCAGGUCAAAGGUCCUUUCAUUAUAGAGGCGUUACACUCUGGAAUGAUUUGGACAUAAAGUACAAAAAGUUAGACUCCCUAAAAAUUUUCAAAAACGAACUGAAGCGAAGCAUGCUAGAACAAAUAUAUAAGUAGAUAAUUUUACCUUGUUAAACUUUAUACAAAUGUCUUACCUUUUUACCUUAAUUUAAAUUCUAGAUUCUAAAACUUGUAAAUAGAACAACAUUUAUUUUUUGUAAAUCAGUGUUGAAAAUCCCUAUUUAGGGAACACAAUAAAGUAUGUAUGUAUGUAUGUAUGUAUGUAUGUAUGUAUGUAUACAAACCAGUUACUGUGGGGGCCCUUUCUUAACAUGCACUAAUUAUCAUUAAAAUAAAUUUAUAAAGAAGCUAUCAACAGCAAGCUAUUUCAUUGUCCAGACGUCGGCCAGUGCAACAUUUUAAGCAUAUAUUGUCCUCCAUGUUCAUUGCAUUAUUUUCGUCCAAAUACAAAACAACAUGUAAUGUGAAAAAUAAGUAUUGUUUUCUCUCCGUCAUCUCGGCAAGAUGGUGCUUUAAUAGUGAAACCAACCUAUUACAUAUUUCGAGACAAAAUGCAAUACUAAAAUAAGAAAAUACUGUAUUGCUAAAGUGUAUUUGCAUUCAUUGUGGAUCUAAAUUUAGGACAUUUCGCUCGACAAGACACUCUAAGUUUGUUUGAUAUUUCGAGACAAGGUGCAAAACUAAAAUAUACAAAUAGUGUAUUGUGAGUGUGUGUUUGCGGUAAACGGCUUAGCGCAAUUGAUCCGGCGAUUUUCAAUAAACAAGCGUCUUGACCGGAAGAAUUAGCAUACCUCUAUAAGAUUGAACGCCGGAAAUCUAAAUGGAUUAAAUCCAAUUGCGCGUUUAAUUUGCGCCAAUUGGAGAACCACGGGGGAGAUUACUGGGCUUAAUAGUGUUCUGAAUUAUGAUGAAUAUAUUGAUCUGAAGAUAACACAACUUUUACCGACAAGUGUUAAAGACACGAUCUGCCUUCAGAUACGUUGGUUUUAACCGUGGUUUUAUUGAGCACUAUAGUUCAACAGCAGAUGGUGGUCAACUGGUAGUUACCACAGUGAGAAAAUGUUAAUUCUUUUUAUUGUAUGUACUAUUUAAAACACGAUCAGGAGUGCUUUAGUGGGCAAUUUAUGCGAAUCAGUGGACAAUUUUACAAAGCUUGAAAAAAUCACUACCAGCCUUCGUACAGACAUGACCCCAGAAAAUAACACAACUUCAAGUGUUAAACACACGAUAAAUAUUGUGUAUUUCUGAAACAGAAUAUUUUGCGCAAAAAUAUUUUAAAUUAACAUAAAUUGCGCAUUUCCUGCGAACGUCGUUUCUGUCAACUGUAAAAAAGAAAAAAAUCUUAAUAAUAUUAAAUUGUUUAAAUUUUAGUAACCGCGAAAUCAUCGGCUGCAUUUUUUACAUCAUCAAGUAUCCAUUAAUUUAAGCAUCACCAUUGAACGUCGUUAAUGAUCAUUAAGCAUCAUUACGUUUUAAAGCAGCCAAGCAGGUUUGCUACUUGUUUCACCGUGUCUAUAACCCCCAACGAUUUUACUCUGUCGAACGCCAGAGGGUUUUAUUCUGUUCAACUUCAAACGAAUUUACUCGUCAGCAGAAGACCCUACAAAUGAGCACACCUAAUGCAAGAUAUCCCGGGAAAAAAUGCAAUAGCUAUGUUCCAUAUUUUUAUACAGCUAGCUAUAUUAGUGAGCAUCAAAUAGUUAAUACAAGAGACGAAUUUUGACCUUAGUAUUGUAUUCGGAUUAGCAUUGACUCAGGAACUUAGAGACUUUGUUUUGGUGUAUAAAUCUGUCUUCGGUUGUGACUUGAACAUUGAACAGUUUGUAUCUUUUGUGCAACAUAAUCGAUCUCGUUCAUAAAAUCCAUCUUUGAAACUUUGCACUAGUCCCCAUUGGACGUUCACCUUGUAAUCUAUAAUUUUUAUGUCCAAUAUAAAAGCUGAUAAAAUAAAAAUAAAUAAUCUUAGCAUUCAAAUUCAUCUCUUAAAUUAAAUUUUCGAUGCCCACUAAUAAUUAGCUUUGUAGAUAAUAUCUGGAGAAUAUACCUACUGCAUUUUUUCCGGGAACACCCGGUAUAUACAUUUCACUAAAGUUUUAAAGUUUGGUCAGGGCUUUAGCCAUUUCAUUUUCACACUCUUUAAACGAGUCCCGCCCCGGGUGAAUAUUCAUUUCAAAUUGGCAAUGUGAUAAAAUUUUCACGACAGUAUAAUCUCUCAUUAACAACUCUUAAUGAGAAUAUGGUGUGAUAACCAUCUAGCCAAGAUCAUGAGCACAUCAAAAGACCUAUAAUCACAAGCGCUAAGCUUCUUUUCCGCCUCUUACAUUACAUUACUAUAUAUAGUCAAUACAAGUUGCCAAUAACUCUGUUUAAUAGAUGCGAAUGAAAAAUUGAUUAAAAUAGCAGGCCCUAGAUUAAUACUACAAUUGUUAAUAUGCUCAGAGAGAAGCUGUUAGCAGAUUAGCCUUUGCCCCCCUUUUAGCACAUUGAACCUGCCAGUAUUGUCUGACGAACAUGCAUGCCAUGAAGACUUCAUGAUGGUACGAUGUGUAGAGAGAGAGUUCAAACUUCAGACACUUCGUACGCGUUGAAUUAAUACUCACAUGCAUUUUUAGAUGCAGUUUAAGUUGAUUUUGGUUUAUAUUUAUAUAGAUAGGUUUCGUCAGUGAAAACGUGAUGAUUGUAUGUAAUAUCAUAAAAAUGCAUGUAAUGCAUAACUUAAUACUACACAACCUAACACAAUUUGGUGCAACAAAAAUAGCACAACGAACUACGAGAACUCCAUACAGCGCUAUUAAGAUUACAAUAGAAUGGUAUACAAUUGAAUAUAUAUACUAAAACUGUCUGUACCAGUAUUGGUAGUACCAAUGUGAAAAUGCUGUGCUGAGUGGUUAUAUAGUAUACUACCUUAAAAAAUAAGCAUAAACUCGACGUUUCGAGCGAAGGCCCUUCGUCAAGAGUUACAAUUGAAUACAAUAGAAUACGAUUGAAUGCAACGGAAUUCAUUAGAAUACAAUAAAAAUAGAAUGCAAUAGAAUAAUUACGAUAGAAUACAACGAAAUACAAUACAAUACAAUACAAUACAAUACAAUUGAGUGCAACGGAAUUUAUUAGAAUACAAUAUAAUACAAUAGUAACAACACAAUUGUACAAUGCCAAUAGGAUACAAUGGAACACAGUCGAAUAGAAUACAAUAUUAUAAUACAAUAGAAUAGAAUAGAAUACGAUAUUCAAUAUUAUACAAUACAAUACAAUACAAUACAAUAUUAUAUUAAAUACAAUAGAAUAGAAUACAAUAGAACACAAUACAAUACAUAAGAAUAUAAUAUUUUUGGCAAAUCAUGUGAACCAUAAUAUGUCACAUGAAGUGGCUUUAUACCUGAUAAGACUCAUCUUUAUAUAAAGAAUACUAAUGAGACCGUAUCUAUUGUAGUCACGUGUUUUAAUUCAUUUAAAACACUUGUCGCACUCGCAUUUUAAAUAUGAUAAAACACUCCUACGCGUGCUUUAAAUACUACACGAAACUCAUAAGGCCAAGUAAAAAAACCCAAAUGUUUCUCGUCCGGAUAUGAAAGCAGGGCAGCGGGAAUUUCUUCCUUUUGAUUUUAUUUAAAUAUUUUUAAAGUUUUAACUUAAUUUCGAGCAUAGUCUAUCAAGAUCUGAUGAUUUGGAAAAUGAACAGAAAUCAUUGUGUUAUGUUUUUUAUCGGAGUUUAUGUUAAUUUGUGCACGGUUACGGUGAUUGCAUGAGAUCAUUGUAUUUUCGUACAAUGAAGUAAUCGUCCAAUACUUAUAGGGAUAGCUGACCGGAUGACAUGUGCAAUUAAUGAAGUUGAGACAAAGGAUUUGUGCAACAUCAAGCAAAGCUCUUCUAUUUUGUAGCUUUGACGUUUUGCCGGGCUUCCAGAAUCCAGACCACCAUUUCUCGACAGAUUAUGGUAGGCUUUGAUUGUUAUAUCAAAGGCCAAAUAAAAGCGCUUUUAUUAUAAAUUGAACUGAUAUAAAUGAACUGUAUUGAAUAGUUUUACCAUGAUUGUGAUAUUUUGUUUGUCGUUCUCGGCCCCGUUGUUCAAAGCUGGGUUAACGCUAACCCUGGGUUAAAAUUUAAUCUGCUGUUUCAGUUUAUGUAUUUCUGCCCGUCUGUUCAUUUCCAAACUUCAGAGAAGAAAACUCUUGGUGAUUCAGACAAGAUCUCUGAA